UGAUUGCACUGUUGGUGAUCGCAUCUCAAACACAGAUCUCAAUAAAUUUAUAAGGUCUUACGAAGUCAACAUUUUCACUGCUUUGUAUUGGACUCAAACGGCCUUGCCUCAUUUAAACAAAGUAAACGGGAAGAUUAUAAAUAUAAGUAGUGCCGCGAGUAUUUUUCCUAUGGUGGGAUCUUCAGCUUAUUGCAGUUCAAACGUUUAUAAAACUGUGUCAAGUUCGAAGGCUGCCUUAAAUAUGAUUACCUCAUGUUUGGCUGAAGAAGAAAAAGAAAUUCAAACAAUUGCGAUUUGUCCAGGACCUGUAUACACUGAGACUAUGGAAGCUAAUUAUAAAAAAAUUGAACAUCUAAACAAAUAUAGUAAAGAAGAAUUACGUGAAAAAACAUUCCAUCCUGAAGAUACAGGACACUAUGUUUGGCGUUUGAUUACUAACUUUCCCACCGAAUUUAACGGAAAAUUUGUACCGUCUACCGAACCUUCCUUAGCCAGUUAUCAUAAAAGAACCAUUCUUAGCCUUUGA